CGAGCGAUUGGGGCGGAGGACAGCUGGGUUCACAACGUGAGGGCCAAGCCUUUUUCAUUGAACCGAUGGCCCCUCCGCCACCUCCCAAAGGCUCCGUUGGCGAUGAGGAAGCAAGGGCACACCCGUCGACUUCGCCACAACCGGCAUGGAGACCAAACAUACUGACGCCAAUGACUGAACUCUCAUCUCAUUUCUUUGACAUGGGACGCCCUUCGAAUCCAUUGCCGGGAGGGAUCGUGUCUGCGGAACCAGGAGCGACGGCAGAACGCACGAGUGGUCCAAGCCCGGGACCGUCGUCUUUCAGUUGGGGCACACAACCCGAGCCGAACUCUUUGGACAAGAUUUUUGAGCACCAGUCUGAGCAACAGCAGCAGCAGCAACCGCGAGAGAAUCCGAGGUGCCAAAAAGGGUCAGAUAGCGACAAACCGCACUGGUGGCAGGCCUAAGAACAAGCGCUGCCACACUCAGCGCCGCAAGUCUUUGAAUU